CGGGCCCCAGCUUCGUUUGAGGCCCGAAGCUAGCGGCUGUAGGAGAGGAAAGCGGGUACCUGAGCCUCCCUCGUCAGGGCUACCUGAAGGUUGGGAAGGAAGGAAGGAGCAGGAGGGCGGCAGGGGGAGCAAAGGGGGCGCUUGUCAUCCGGUUGGUGGGGCAGGUGUAAGUGGUGUUUAGCCCCGCUGUUUUCAGAGUGGCUAAAAACUCGCUUUGUAACAUGCCCGCCUCCGAGGAAUAAAAGGAACAAUGAACGGGCAAGACAGCAUUACUUCCAUAUUAAUGCAAGAACUGGGCCAGGCGAGGACUUGCGACCUUAACCUUACUUGAACCCUCAUCAGGAGCUGAGGGUGUAACCAUUUGGAGGGCUGCCGCCAUCUCGGGCGCCACCAGGCGCUCUGUUUGGGGGGUGAGGGCGAUAAGGAAGGCCUUCCCCUAGUCGGUCUACAGCAGCACACUGGAGACUGACUUAGCGCCCCUGCGACAGAACUUACUUCCCUGCAGGAGGAGAUGCGCAAGAGUUCAUGUGUGAGUUAAUUUUACUUCGAGCUGUCUUAAUCGUAUGUCUUAAUCGUGGCCGGUCCAGGAGAGAUGCUUCGUGUACUGUGACACGUUCAGCCGGAUUCAGAUUUGGCCUCUUUAACUUAGUAGCUGGGCAUGCUCCGUCAAGUUGCACGACCUAAGGCCUCAGUUUUCAGUGCUGUGAAACGGGGAUAAAUGAUAGAAUGCAAGACUACAACUACAGCACCUGUCACCUUCAAGGAACUCACUCAGUAGAAGAGGGUUCUCUGCCUGCAAAUGCUCAUUUGGAAUUCAGAAUACAUUUUACCACAGAACUAAGAAGAAACUAUAACAAUAUAAGCAAUAUAGUUUACCGUCAUUGUGGGUUAAAAGGGGAAUCUGUGGGCCGGCCUGGGAAUCCAGUUUCACAACACUGCACACAUGGGAAAUUUUCAUUCUGAAAUCUUAACCGCUGUUUUCCAAGGAUAUUGUUGGAGCCCAUUGGAUUGUGUGGGUCUGGGACUGCCUGCCCUCUGCAGGGCUGUGCUUGGCAAUUUGGAAGAGACAAGGAGGAAGGAGGCCUGGUUCCUGACCUCAAGGCAUUUGCAGGCUCCAUUGGGAGACAGGGCCCACAGUGAAAUGAUUAUCUCAAGACAGAAAUGGUUGGUGGCUCCACUCCCAGCAACAAGGAAACAAGAGGCUCUUUGGAGGCCAGGGUUGGCUCUGAACUCCACUGACCUGGUGAUUCCCUCUGCAGCUGGGGUGAAAUGGAUGUCCCUCACCUGUCGCACCCCGGAUUCGAGGAGGCUGGAGGACAGACUGCGUGUCCCAUCUUCCAGACUUGAGGGAAUAAAGGAAGCUUCAGAGACUCCUCUCAUGCCAUUUCAGCCACAUCUCUAUCCCAUUAUAGCCAGCAGAGCAGGUGCACAGCCCGGAAUUCUUGGUGUAAUCUGUGGACAUGGAAAUGCAAAGGAGGAUGAGGUUUCUAUCAUUACAGCACACUGGUGCGCGGAACACAGUAGCCCUUGGAUCAUAGGUAAAAACAUGCACUUUGCGGUGUCAUCAAAGUGCACAGAUCUUGGAUCAGGAGGCCUCCUCUCUCCAUAUCAGCUGCAGGACCAUGCCAGUCGUUGGGCCACUCUGAGCCAGCUUCCUCUGUAAAAUACCAACUUGCCUAAUCCUCUUUCAGAGUCCUAAGGAUCAAAUGAGAAAACAUUUGUAAAACUGCUUUGCAAACUAAGUCUUAAAGAAUAGAAAGUAUUCAUGGGCCUUCUCUUAAUACCAUAAGACAAGAACACCAUAUUCUUUUUUUUUUUUAA